AUGUUGUCCGAGGACUUGAUUUGGGAAAUAAUAAAAGACUUCCCGGUGAAAGAGCUGAUGCGAUUCAAAUGCGUGUGCCGAACUUGGUUAUCAGUUAUUACGAAUCCAUUAUUUACCAGGGCCUACCCUGGUGGUUCUCGAGGUCUAAUCCAUAUCGACCCCUCCUCGUGGGCGAAUCUUCGAUGUUGUAACUAUUUACAUCGUAUGACCUUUAAUGGUGGUGGCGGCGGCGGUAACAGUGCGAUCACUAUCACCCCUGAAAUUGUACUCAACCAUAUUGUGUGGGCCGGCCAUUGGGUCCGAUGGAAAGGAUACACAAACAUUGUGGAGGGUCUAAUCUGUUUUUACCGGGACCAAUAUUCUUGGUUGUAUAACAUUACAACCCGCGAGAUGGUCCAACUCCCCGAUUCCACCAAACACGCUGAAGAAGAAGAAGAUAAAUACCAUUUUGGCUUCGAUCCUGUUAACAAACUAUACAAGUUGCUCAGGAUCAUGUACCCAAACAACAUUGUGGAGAUUUUGGCAAUCGGGAAAGAUUUGUCCUGGAGAACCGUCUCUCAUCCACCUGAUGAUGAUCAUCAGGUUAUAGAAUCUCAGAGCGUAUGCUUAGAUGGUGUUCUUUGUUGGAUGGACGGAUAUGGUCGUCGAAUUACGGCAUUUGAUCUUGUUACAGAGAAGUUUAUUUUUAUUCCUCCACCGGAUCAUGAUGAUGAUAAAUUGCCAAGGGAAUCUUGUCGCUCCUCUUGGAAGCUAAUGAACUUCGGGCAGAGUAUUGCUCUAACCAAACCUGGUUUUCUUUCACACAUUAUGCGUUAUUGUCGGGGAGGGGAUUUUUGGGUUGAAGUGGUACCGGAAGUAAGGGAUCUUUCGGAUGUAAUUUACGGUAUGGCCCUCGGAGAACUUCCCAGUGGGAAGAUGUUAAUAUAUAAUCAUUGGCUUCAUUGUCCACCUACCCUUUACAUUUUCGACCAAUCCAAGAGAGAGUGGGAAGAAAAUGAGGUUACCAAGUUAACUUGGGAACAAUUUAGAAGUUAUGGCUGCAGAGACUUACGCUUUGAGAAUUGGUUCUAUUUCGAGGAGAACAUCAUUUCGCUCACUCAGUUGACAUCUAGCAACAGAAAGGUUCUCAUCGGUAGCUAUUUUGACGACGAUGACGACGAGUUUCUUUUGAUGUAGACCAGGAGGGAUAACUUGAGAUUGAUUUAGGAGAAAUUGCCCCCAAACUGUGAAGCUGUCAAUCAAUCGUACAAGGAAAAAUUCGUUAUUAGGACGUCGGAAUAAGUUUACAUUUCAAAUCUGAAAUUUCUGUUUAGAAUACUUCUCAGUGUUUAUUAUUGUUAAAACCCGU